AUGUCGGCGCUGUUCAACUUGGGCAAGAAACCAAGGCGGGACGAUGCCGUCCGUCCCGUGGUCACCUACCGACAUGUAUUGACGAGUCAGGCCAUGACCGUAAUGAACCCGCUCCGGGUUAUCGCCCACUGCGACAUCGACGCAGCUUAUGCUCAAUUCGAGAUGGUCAGAUUGGGUAUCCCCGAAGAUCAACCCGUCUGCGUACAACAAUGGUGGGGUCUGAUCGCCGUCAACUAUCCGGCCAGGAACUUCGGAAUCACCAGGCACAUGGACGUCAAUGAAGCCAAGAAGCGUUGCCCUCAUCUGCAGACUGUACAUGUCGCGACCUAUCGGGAUGGUGACACGGAGCCCGGCUAUUGGGGAGAAGGGGAUCCUAAGCAUCACAAGGUCUCGCUAGACCCCUAUCGGAGAGAAAGUACCAAGAUCCUGGCCGUUUUCAAGCGUGUAGUAGGAGAUGCCGGAGAAGUCGAAAAGGCCUCGAUCGAUGAGGCCUACCUUGACCUGACAGGUCUGGUACUCCAAGAGAUCUUGAAACGACAUCCACACCUGAAUACCGUCCCGGAAGACGCACCUUUCGGCCUCGAUACCCCUCUUCCCCUGCCACCGCCUAUCACUUGGGAUCCUCUGAGCAACAUCUUUCCCUUACGUGGAGACAAUGGAGGCAAUGUGAAUGUCGAGGCAGAUGGGGAUGGGUAUGAUGGGCUAGUAGAAGAGGAACUAGCUGGAGGUUGGGAAGAUUAUGCGUUGUCCGUUGGCGCUGAGAUUAUGGGUCGGAUCCGGGCGGAAGUGAAGCGGGAGUUGGGGUAUACUUGUUCGGCGGGUGUGGCCCAUAACAAGACCAUUGCCAAGCUGUGUUCCGCCUGGAAGAAGCCCGAUGCACAGACUGUUAUGCGAUCAGCAGCCAUCCCGGCCUUUCUAAACCCUAUGGAGUUUACCAAGAUCCGUUUCUUGGGGGGGAAGUUGGGAGAUGCUAUGGCCAAAGAAUACGAAGCCAAUACUGUGGGCGACAUGUUGUCGGUGACCUUGGAGGAGAUGCAACGCAAGUUUGGCGAGGAGAGUAUCUGGGUCUAUAACAUUCUUCGUGGAAUCGAUUACAACCCAGUCAAGGAAAGGACGGCAACCAAGUCAAUGUUGGCGUCAAAAAAUGUUCAGCCGGCUGUUACGAGUCGGGAAGGAGGUUAUAGGUGGCUAGGUAUCUUGGCGGGUGAACUUUACGUGCGUUUGCGGGACGCGAGGGACGAAACAGAGGGAUUGUGGCCGAAGACUAUGGUACUCAGUACCAGACAAGUCGGGGAGGCGGUCCGUUCGCGGCAGAUAGCGUUCCCUUUCACAAGACAACUCUCUGCAGACUAUAUCACCAAAUAUGCGAACAAGCUGUGGGACGAGGUAUCUGAGCCCAUGAUGCGCCAAGCCAAUAGCAAAUCUUCGGCGAUGCGGAUCAAUAACCUCGGGCUGAGCUUUGCUGGUCUAGACCGUCUGGAAGGUGGACAGAAGGGUAUCGAAGGGUUCUUCAAGGCCGGUGGUGUUCCAUCAAGAGGAACGAAGCGAGAACGAUCGCCUUCCAGCGGUCCCGGACCGUCAACCGAAAGCCACACAGCGAAGAGGAAGGAUUCUGGACCAGCCAAGAUCACGACUCCCGAGAUCAUCGAACUUUCGGACGAGUCGGAUGAUGAGGAAGGAGGUUCACUGGCACAACGACUCCCGCACUUUUAUUGCGUCAGGUGUUCGAAGACGAUACGAUCGGAGGCGAAACCGGAGAACAGCGAUCAGAAAUCGCCGGACGAUAUCGUUGACGAACUCCGAAGCGCCCAUAACGACUGGCAUGUCGCACGCGAUCUCUACGACGAGGACAUGACUCAGGCCAAAACGAAUCAUGGCAGCUCUUCAAAAUCUACAAAACCGAAAAAAAAGGUUGUCAAGAAGAAGCCGGAAGGUAUCCGAGCUUUCUUUUCGCCCAAGGACACCACGACGCCAUCACCCGCUAAGAAGGGGAAGAUAUAG